UGCAAUAGAAAAUUAUUCGAAACAAAAAUGAUGGAUUCCGGGAAACCGUUCGUCGAAAAUACUAGACAGCUUCUAGCUUCAGAAGGUGGUGGUGAAUGUGGCACUGAAAGCGAAACAAAAACAGGUUCAGAUUUUCGCCGUGGAAAAUGCAAAUGGUUCAACGUGUCAAAGGGGUGGGGAUUUAUUACGCCGGACGAUGGCUCACAAGAUGUUUUCGUACACCAGAGCGUGUUGGGUAUGACAGGGUUCAGAUCAUUAGGUGAAGAUGAAGUUGUCGAUUUUAAAUCAAAAAAUACUGCAAAAGGAGUGGAAGCAACAUUAGUUACUGGACCCGAUAGAACAAAUUUGGAGGGUAGUAAAAUACGUGGAAGCAGCAAAAAACGGUACAGGAAAACCAGAUGUUACAACUGUGGACAGUUUGCAAAUCAUUUAGCAGCUGAUUGUACUUUGGAAGCGCAGCCGAAAAAAUGUCAUUAUUGCAAGAGUUCCGAACAUUUGAUGGCCAAUUGCACUCAGUCAAAGAAUCGUGAACAGCAAAGUCAAUCGUCUGGUUCAUAAAUAGCGUCAUGGAAACCAAAAGAUCAUUACAGCUUUUUUUUUUUUAAAUAGUUACUUCAAUUUUCCUAUAAGACUUCAUAUAUUUAUAUAACUACUACGUUCGUGUGCAUUAAUUAAUUCAGAGAUAAAACAUUUCAUUCGCAAGGAGCUUAUUGCUCAAUCGUAAUUUAAAAUAAACUGGUAAUGAAGAAAUAAGAGUAUUUCUGAUUAUGGUUAUGAAAUUGGAAUAAAGUACAACACAUUUUAUUGCAAAUUACGUUAGUUAAAAAACUCAUGUGAAAAAUUAGCAUAUUAAAGGCAUAACGACAUUGAUUCGAAUAUUUUCAGCACUUGGACUGGAUGAUAUUUUCUGAAAAUCGGAUGAUUGAGAAAUUUUUUUUUGAAUUACUGAAGACAAAGAAUAAAACAAUAACAACAGGAC